CGGGCAGCGGAGCGGGGCCGUGGCCAUGGGCGGCCGCCGCCGCUGGCUCCCGGCGCUGCCGCUGCUGCUGCUGCUGCUGCUGCCGCUGCCGCCGCCCGGGCUGCCCCGCCGCCCCUCGGGCUGCGCCGCCCGCGGGCUCUGCUGCCCCGGCCGCGACCGCGGCUGCCUGAGCGCCGGCCGGCGGCCCGACGGCUCCUCCGGGCCCUGCUACUGCGACCAGGCGUGCGCCCGCACCCUCGACUGCUGCCACGACUACGCCCAGGCGUGCCCAGUCAUCCCCUGUGUGGUAUCGCAGUGGAGUGCCUGGAGUGGCUGUGCAGAGCCUUGCAAGACAACCUAUCGCGUCCGGACGAGGCACAUCGUCCAGGAGCCCAGGAACGGGGGAGAAGCGUGUCCUGCUCUGGAGCAGAGGGCUGGCUGUGUAGAGUACUGGACUCGGCAGGGAGCAGAGUGCCAACAGUCCCUGAUCCCAGCAUUAAUAACCACGGGAGGAUUUGGAAAAGCGAGGAAGAAAAGAGCUGCAGCUGGUGGCAGUGAAAGGGCAGGGUGUGCGCUGCCCUGCAGCCCCGCGCAGGCCUGCCCGGUGUUUGAGCUGACCUGGCCGCUGGUUGCAGGUACUGCGUGGAGUUCCAGCUGGUGGCCCUGGCGCCGGGCUGCCUGCAGCGCCAGCCGCCGCACGGGCGCUGGAUGCGCGCGCUCCGGGAGGGACGCACGGUCUGCGUGGAGUGCCAGCACCCAGCCCUGCUCCCGGCCACGCAGCACUGCCACGGGGACGGCGCCGGCAGCCAGCUGAAUCAGCUGCUGCGCUGGCAGGCAGUGGGGAACCAUCGAUGCAAGGGAACCUGGAGGAGAAUUCGCCGGCUGGACACUUGUUCCUGCCCUUCUGUUCACAGCUUCUUGUUCAUCUGACUCCUCCUGGCAGUCCCAGCGAGCCCCCGUGUGCGGCAGCAGCAGGAGCCCCAGCCCGAGCAGUGGCUGCUCCGUGUCAGAGCCUUUGCUUUCCCUGCCUGUCCAGAGGCCGCUGGCUGGACAGGGGCACCUGGAAUCCUCUCUCUGUGUGUUCCUCAGUUUCCAAGGAAAUCAGGCUGGGAAGUGCCAAUCUCUUUUUUCCCUGAGAGAAUCUUGUCUGACCUUGAUGACUUCUUGCAAUUCCUCCUUUCUUGAAAGGAAUGAGAAUUUACCAAAUAACAAAUCAAACAAAAAAGGCAAUAAGAAGCCAGGUUUAAUUGUUCUUUUUUUAAAGUCUUAAUGAAGAAUCAACAAUGCAAAAUAAAUUAAUCCAAGUGCCUUCUUUUUGUGGCAACAGCA